CCCCUCCUCCAUCUUCCUCUUGCCACCAACAACAAAACUACUACAACUACAACAAUGGCAAGCCCUCUCACCGCAGGUUUCUGCCAGCUGGUGCACAGCAGCCCAGACACCCCCGAAAACGUCCAGCCCGUGCUCCAGGCUCUGUCGGUCAAGCGCAUCAGCGCGCCCGGCGCCUCUGGCCAGGAUCGCUACCGUGUCAUCCUCUCCGACGGUAGCUACUUCAUCCAGUCCAUGCUCGCGACGCAGCUCAACAACCUCGUCGAAGACAAGUCGCUCGACAAGAACGUCGUGAUCAAGCUCACCAACUUUGUCACCAACUCGGUCCAGAACCGCAAGCUUAUUAUCAUCCUCGGCCUCGAGGUCAUCCCAUGGCAGGGCGAGAAGAUCGGCAACCCCGCCAGCCUCGACUCGGCACCUGCUGCCGCCGCCGCACCCCCCGCCGCCGCCCCUGCUCCGGCCCCCAGCCGCGGCACUGCGUCCAACGCUCGCCAGCCGGCCAACGGCCGUGGUGGCGGUGGCGGUAACCGUGACAUGGGGCCCAUCUUCCCCAUCGAGGGUCUUAGCCCCUACCAGAACAAGUGGACCAUCAAGGCUCGCGUCACCCAGAAGUCGGAGAUCAAGCACUGGUCCAACCAGCGUGGCGAGGGCAAGCUCUUCAGCGUCACCCUCAUGGACGAGACUGGCGAGAUUCGCGCCACUGGCUUCAACGAGGCGGUCGACGCGUUCUACAACGUUCUUGAGGAGGGCAAGGUCUUCUUCGUGACCCGCGCCAGGAUCAACAUUGCCAAGAAGCAGUUCAGCAGCGUCAACAACGAGUACGAGAUCACGUUUGAUAACAACACCGAGAUCGAGCCCUGUGACGACGACUCGGUGCCCCAGAUCAAGUACAACUUCAAGGGCCUCGGAGACCUCGGAGAUCUUGCCAAGGACGCCGUGACUGACGUUAUUGGUGUGGUCAAGGAUGUCUACGACCUCGGCUCGGUCACUUCCAAGGCUACACAGAAGCCGUUUGCCAAGCGCGAUAUCCAGCUUGUCGACCAGUCCGGCCAGAGUGUCCGACUCACGCUCUGGGGCAAGACUGCCGAGUCUUUCCAGGGCAGCGACGAGCCCGUUAUUGCGUUCAAGGGCGUCAAGGUCAGCGACUUUGGCGGCCGGUCUCUCUCCAUGUUCAGCUCGGCCACCAUGUCGAUUAACCCCGACAUUCCCGAGGCACACUCGCUGCGCGGCUGGUACGACGCCGAGGGCCGUGGCAAGUCUUUCCAGCAGUACUCGAACGCCAUGUCCGGUGCUGGCGCUGGUGCUGCUCCUCGCCCCAACGAGAUCAAGACCAUUGGUCAGGCCAAGGACGAGCAGCUCGGUAUGACGGACAAGACCGACUACUUCACGACGACGGCGACGAUCAUGUUCAUCAAGCAGGAGACGUUCUCGUACCCUGCUUGCGCCAACCCCGACGGCUGCAACAAGAAGGUUGUCGAUGAGGGAUCAGGAUGGCGCUGUGAGAAGUGCGACAGGACCUGGGAGGCACCCAUCCACCGCUACAUCUUAUCCAUGAACGUCAUGGACUACACGGGCUCGUUCUGGAUCACGGCGUUCAACGAGGUUGCGGAGCAGCUCCUGGGCGUGUCGGCCAACGAGCUCAUGAGGCUAAAGGACGAGGGCGACCCGUCGUUUGAGCGCUACUUCUUCAAGGCGACGAGCCUCGAGUGGACCCUGCAGAUGAUGGCCAAGCAGGACAGCUUCAACGACCAAAUUCGUGUGCGCUACCAGGCCCGCCGCGCAACGCCCGUCGACUACGCCGCCGACAGCCGGCACCUGAUCGAGCAGAUCAACGCGCUUGCCGUCUAGGCAGUUGGCGCCGAAAAGAUAGACACCUGUCCUUGUGCUGGUGGAGUGAGACGGUGUAUGAUUGCCUGUGUGUGUUGGCGAGUUGCGAGAUCGCAUCACUCAAUGUUAGUGGAUAGCCAGACCGCUCCUGUAGUUCUGUUCAAACAUGCAAGAUACCAUGAA